AUGAGAUCCAAAUAUCUAAUUCAAAUUCUUCAUCUAUGGAAUGCAGUUAUAGCACUGAUAAUCUUUGGACUAUUAGUUGGCGUAUCUUCAUUCAUCAAAUGGUUUAUAAAUCUUGGCUCAUCAAUUGCAGGUUUCGGUGGUUUUACAACAUUUGCUUAUCCAGCAACCUUUGUAUUUAUGUUUAUUCCGACCAUUUCAGCUAUCAUUUAUAGUUUGAUAUUAGUCUUCGAUUCGAGUCCACAGUAUAGAGCUUGGUUGCCAUCCAAAACAAUGCAGGGUACUAUUAUUUUCUUUACAGUCAUUACGUUUUUGUCUGCAUUACUACCAGUAUUACCAAAUAUUGAUAUUAUGACUGACAGAUCAAGUAUUGAAUGUCUUUGGACUAACUAUAUGCAAUGGACAACCAUUUAUAAUAAUCCUAUUGCAUUUCCUUGGGUCACAGGAAUGGAGAAAGCUUGUUCAUUAUUCAAGAUAGCAGAUAUCUUUGCCUGGAUUUUAUGGAUAGGCUGGCUAGCUCAAUCUGUAUUAUAUUUACGUGCUGCUCAUUAUGCAAAGUUUUUCAUUAGACAAUAA